AUGGCGCCGCCGGGCCCGGAGGGCGGCCGAGCGGCCGUCGCGGCUCCCGGUGUGCAGAAGAAGAUCACGGCGCGGCUGAAGCGGACGCUGCCGGUGCGGGGCCCGCAGGCGCCCACGCUGAGCGAGCUGAUGCGCUGGUACUGCCUCAACACCAACACGCACGGCUGCCGCCGCAUCGUGGUGUCCCGCGGCCGCCUGCGCCGCCUGCUCUGGAUCCUUCUGACCCUCAGCGCCGUGGGGCUCAUCCUCUGGCAGUGCGCCGAGCUCCUCAUGAACUACUACAGCGCCUCGGUCUCCGUCACCGUCCAGUUCCAGAACCUGCCGUUCCCCGCCGUCACCAUCUGCAACAUCAACCCCUACAAGUACAGUGCCAUGAAAGAAUAUUUAUCUGAGUUGGACAAAGAGACAAAAAAGGCUUUGGAAACUUUCUACGGAUUUUCUGAGGGCAAGUCCAAGGUGCGCCGGUCGGUGGAUGACUGGAACAGCACAGGGAGCGACUUCUUCCAACAGAUCCCUCUGCUGAAGGUCGAAGACUUCUCCAGGACAGCGACUGACCUGCGCAGCGGGCAGAAGAGGAGAAUAGAGGGAAGUGUCUUUCACAAGGACUCGUCCAUUGUGAACUCGGCCGAUUCCAAUGACAUCAUUGGCUUUCAGCUGUGUGAUGCGAACAACAGCAGCGAGUGUGCCCUGUACACGUUCAGCUCGGGUGUUAAUGCUAUCCAGGAGUGGUACAAGCUGCAUUACAUGAACAUCAUGGCACAAAUUCCCCUGGAGACUAAAGAAAAAUUGAGUUACUCUGCUGAUGACCUUAUACUGACAUGUUUCUUUGAUGGCCUAUCUUGUGACAAAAGGCACUUUACUCGUUUCCAUCACCCUCUCCAUGGCAACUGCUACACCUUCAACAGUGGUGAGAACGGGACCAUCCUGAGCACCUCCACAGGUGGCAGCGAGUAUGGACUGCACGUUGUUCUGUACAUUGAUGAAGCAGACUACAACCCCUUUCUGGUGACAUCCACAGGAGCCAAGAUCAUCGUCCACGACCAAAAUGAGUAUCCCUUCAUUGAAGACAUUGGCACAGAAAUUGAGACUGCAGCGGCCACCUCUAUAGGGAUGCACUUUACUCGGUCUCGCAAGCUGAGCAAGCCCUACAGUGAUUGCACAGAGACAGGAGCUGACAUACCUGUGGGAAAUCUCUAUAACAAGAGCUACUCACUCCAGAUCUGCCUGCACUCCUGCUUCCAGAAGGCCAUGGUGGACUCGUGUGGCUGUGCCCAGUACGCUCAGCCCUUACCCGCUGGGGCCGAGUAUUGCAACUACAAGAAGAACCCAAACUGGAUGUACUGCUACUACAGACUGCACGAAAAGUUUGUGAAGGAGCAGCUGGGCUGCCAGCAGAUCUGCAAAGAUGCCUGCAGCUUCAAGGAGUGGGCACUCACCACCAGCAUUGCUCAGUGGCCAUCCACCGUUUCAGAGGACUGGAUGCUCCGAGUUCUCUCUUGGGACAAAGGGCAGAAACUCAACAAGAAGCUGAACAAGACAGACCUUGCCAACCUGAUGGUGUUUUACAAGGACCUGAACGAGAGAUUCAUUUCAGAGAAUCCUGCCAACACGCUCGUCAUUCUCCUGUCCAACUUCGGGGGCCAGCUGGGCCUGUGGAUGAGCUGCUCGGUGGUGUGCGUCAUCGAGAUCGUGGAGGUGUUCUUCAUCGACUCGCUGUCCAUCGUCCUGCGGCGCCAGUGGCAGAAGGCCAAGAAGUGGUGGAGCCAGCGGCAGCGGGGCGGCGCAGGGAAGGCACCGCAGGCCGGCGACGUGGAGAGGCAGGGCCACGACAACCCCGUGUGCAUCGACGAGGACCUGCCCACCUUCACCACUGCCCUGCGCCUGCCGCUGCCCCAGGACAGCCCCCUGCCCAGGACUCCCCCCCCCAAUUACAGCACUUUGCGCCUGGAGACCGCCUUCACCGAGCAGCUGCCUGACACGCUGGAGCUGGGCCAGCACUGA